UACAGAGAAAAGAACUAUUAUUACAUUGUCUGGGUUUGCAUGAAGCCAUCUACGUUGUUCCUUGAUAGCUCCGUAAGGCCUAGAUUAUAAGACUUGUACCACACUGCCAAAAGGGUAAUGCCAAAUUACUGCAUUCAGAAAGAGAAAAUUUGUCCUUAACAUGGCUAAAAGCACUCAAAAUUGUAAAUACAUUUGCUGAGAAAUACUUUAAAUUCUCAUUUAAGUUAUGUGGGGGUUAAAAUGUGUUUAAUUUUCCCUGUCAGUUGGGUCUUUUACAUUGGCUAAGAACCAAGAGUGUGACAAGAAAUGAGUUCUAUGAUUGAGAAACUCUUGAGAUUCUGGGGAUGGCCUAGGAGUUUGCUUUGAGAUUGAAGUUUAUUUUCUAUGGUCAACUAUAUAAUUACGAUGAUACCACCCCUUGCUUUCCAUCUGACACUUGGUUUGAGAAACUGUAAGUAGGAAAGGGAAAGAAGAAUGUCCCUCCUUGGGACUCUUCUUUUGGACCCGUGCUUCCUAGAGUCAAACGUCAAGCUGGUAUUUCCUUGCUGCUAAGAGAGCAACCACUACUCUGAGGCAGAGACGGGAUGGGACCUAGCCAAAGUCCCAGUAAACAAACUGUAUCUUGUAAGCGCGAUUUAAUCAGGGUCAAACUACUCUGGACUUGCUUUUUCGACUUCUAAGGAUUUAGUAGUCAUGAUUAAGUGUUCUAGUCACGCUACUGCGGUCUACAAACAGUAGCUCCACAACAUCCGCCCGCAUCGUGGCAACGAAUUAUCAAGAAAUCCCCAAGGGGGCGGUGAGGCGCUACCGAGGAGCGGCCGGUCAGCCAGGUCGCGAGGUCCCAGUCUGGUGAAAAGCUCCGUUGCCCACCCUGAGGGGUUCGCGGAAGGAAGUUGGCAGUAUCGCUGCACCUUCGAGACGCGACGGCCGAGGCUCCUAGCUCAAGCUUCUGACAGUAAGGCCUGUAUGCCUUGCAUUCGGGGAGGCCACUUCUCAGUCACCAGCUUUCUGGCCACCACUUGGGUGCGUCGUAGGGAUGUCGGCAGCUACGUUUGCCGCACGGCUCCGACUAAACUGAAAAACGAAUCCUCAAGUUUGACAAAAGUAAACUAAGAAGGCACUUUCCUCCUCUCACCCUGACGUCCCAAAAGUUUCCUUUUUAGGGGUCAGGGCCUACGGUGGGCGAGGAGAAACGAGGUAUCUACCCACUGCACCAAACAGUACUCGUACGUCACCUCCUUUCGACUUGGAGCGGGCCAGUAUCCCGGCGUCCUCUCGGCUGACGCUGCGGUCUGAAGCCACUCUGGCCUGCAGCCGACGUCUCUAUGGUUCCGACCGAGGGGAGGAGGAGAGGGGCGGGGACGCUGUUCGAGCUGCUGCUUGUUUGAACUCAGAGAACCUGGGGGUGCUGGAAAUGUAAACAAAAAUAGACUGUUCAUUCCUGAUGGCUUUUAGUCUAUACUAACAUAUUGUUUGUCAUGGCAUCCGAGACUGAAAAGACCCAUGCUUUACUGCAGACUUGUAGCACUGAAUCUCUUAUUUCCAGCCUUGGUCUGGGGGUAUUUUGCCUUGUAGCUGACAGACUUCUUCAGUUUUCUACAAUUCAGCAAAAUGACUGGCUUCGUGCUGUCUCAGAUAAUGCCGUACAUUGUGUAAUUGGCAUGUGGUCAUGGGCAGUAGUCAUUGGAAUCAAGAAGAAGACUGACUUCGGAGAAAUCAUUUUAGCUGGAUUUUUAGCCUCUGUUAUUGAUGUAGACCACUUUUUUCUAGCUGGAUCCAUGUCUUUAAAGGCUGCUUUGACUCUUCCGCGAAGACCUUUCCUUCACUGUUCUACUGUGAUACCUGUUGUGGUUCUGACCCUGAAAUUUACUAUGCACCUUUUCAAGCUCAAAGACUCAUGGUGCUUUCUUCCUUGGAUGUUAUUUAUAUCCUGGACUUCACACCAUAUCCGCGAUGGGAUUCGUCAUGGUUUGUGGAUAUGCCCAUUUGGAAAAACUUCUCCUUUGCCAUUCUGGCUUUAUGUAAUAAUCACAUCAUCUUUACCUCACAUCUGUUCAUUCAUUAUGUAUUUAACAGGAACCAGACAAAUGAUGUCUUCAAAACAUGGAGUUCGUAUUGAUGUCUGAGGUAACCACACAGCAGUCUUAGAGAAGCAAAUGGCUCAGAUGAUGAUAAUUAAGAGUAGCCAACAUUAAAGUUAAUUUUUAAAAACACAGUUAGGUGUUUAUAUUAUUUAAUUAUUAUAAUUCUGGAAUCCUCUUUCUCAGGAAGCAUGUACAACUUUUUAAAAAAUUAUACUUGUUAUUAUUCUACUUCUCUCUUCUAUGACAACUCUAGUGCAAUAUUGGAGUUUCAUUUAUUCCACAAUAUGUUUUUAUUGUUUUUUUCUGUUUGUCUGGUUUUACUAGUAGUUCUGUUAGAUUAACAUCCUGUUCAUUUUCUGGAAAUAUACCUAGAAUUUAGUCCAUUUCCUAGUGAAAAACAGUUCAAAUUUAGGGUAACUAAUUUGUAAAGAGUUAACAUUAUAUUUGGAUCCACAUUUUCUUGAGAUAUUGAAAUAGUGAAAUCGCCAAAUAAAUGAUAUCAAUCAUUUAACUAUACAAAUGUAUAGUUAAUGCUAACAUGCAUUUAUUUUCAUAUAUGUUGAUCCUGACUGAAAUUUAAUUUGCACAAUGCUUUAUGAGUUAUGAUUGCUGGCAAAAUCUUCAGAGCACUUAUGACACAUCAUUAUAAUAUCUGGUAGCUAACAUUAGAUCUAGCUUAUUAUUUCAGAAAUUAAUUUAGGAAAUUAUUAAAACAUGUUGACUAUAGUAACAGUUUACUGAAUUAGUAUUUUUUUAGUAUCUCUAGCCUAAAAUCUCAUGUGUUGUGUUUUAACUGUUUUGAAAAACAUAGGUAAAUUUAAUAUUUGUUAAUAAAUAACAUUAACAAAAUACUGAUAUUUGGAUCAUAACCAUAACAUUUGAAUUCAUACAAAAAAUAAUGACCAGUAAUGUCAUUUCAAAUGUAAAUUCCUGAAUGUACCACUAAAAUUGUUUUAGUUGCUAUCAGUUUGUUUAUAUACUAUUCUAAAAUAUUUUACUAGUUAAAUAAUUUUUUAAUCUUCCUGAUACUGAAAGACAGCGUAUAUUUUUUUCAAAAUAAAGUUUUAGGAAAUUUGCUUUUUCCUUUUUCUUUCAGGUUGAUCUUCUAUUAAAAUGAUUCCUGUUUAUUAGAGAAGGAAAAUUUAGUUACUAUACAUCUUAUAUUUGCACAGUUUAUUAAAGUUAGUGCCCUAAAGUUACCUGCUUUUCUUUGUGGCAUAUGAGGCAUCUGCUGUCUUCAGAUUUUCUUACAGUUUUGUGAUUUAUAGUGCUAAUGAUUGGUGUGCCUUAUUCUCUGAGGGAGGAUGGAGGGUUCAUAAAGCAAUGCCUUAUCCACAGCAGAUUUUCUUGUAUAUUAAGUUAAACAGAAUUCUGUAUAAAUUAUUAUGAAGGUUCAAGUUCUUUAGGGGAGUUUUUUUUUCUUGUUGUUAACAAUUUGGUUGCAAUCUAUUAUAUUUUGCAAUUGACUAGAUAUUACAGUCUACUUAUUUUUCAAGAGUAAUUAUUAUAUAAAUUUGGUUGGUAUAAUGGUAAAUAUUAUAUAAUGGGGGUAAAUUUGAUUAGAGUUUUUUUUUAAGCUUCUGACUUUAGAAAUCCGUGGAAAUAAAGUCUGUAUCUUGUGUAACAAUUCCAGACUAAAUUGCAAAACCUUU